AAAUUGAUUAUAUUAUUUAGUUCAGGUGUGGAAAAUUGGACUUUCAUAUAGAACAAAAUGGAUAAACUGAAUGAAAAUACCCGCGAGAAACAUCCAGUGAAGCUGGGAGACAUCAACUUUACGCCCAUAGUGAUAGCACUGCUGCUGGGAUUUAUUAUAGUCGCAAUCUUUGUCAUUUUGAGGCGACGCUCGGCAGGUCGACGUGACUUUCUGUUAACCGGCUUAAGUGAGGCGGGCAAGAGUGCGAUAUUUAUGCAGUUGGUGCAUGACAAAUUUCCGGAAACCUUCACGUCCAUUAAAGAGAAUGUGGGUGAAUACCGAUCGGGAAACUCGUCUGGAAGGCUGGUCGACAUACCUGGACAUUAUCGCGUGCGCGACAAAUGCUUCGAGAUAUACAAACGCAAUGCUAAGGGCAUCAUAUUUGUAGUGGACUCCGUGACCGUACAGAAGGACAUUCGUGACGUGGCUGACACACUCUAUACUAUUCUGGCAGACAGCGCCACUCAGCCUUGCUCCGUGCUCAUAUUGUGCAACAAGCAGGAUCUGACGACGGCCAAGAGCUCACAAGUCAUAAAGACUUUGCUGGAGAAGGAACUUCACACAGUGCGGGAUACACGAAGCCGCAAACUACAGUCCGUGGGCGACGAUGAAGUGAACAAACCCAUCAUAUUGGGCAAACCAGGACGCGACUUUGAAUUCGCGCACAUUUCGCAAAAUGUACAAUUUUUCGAGAGCUCCGCCAAGGAUAAUCAAUUGAACAAUCUCACUGACUGGAUUGAUCGCAUGUUGUAAAUGCUGGCAUCUAUGAGGACUGAAUUAUACUAUCCUAAAUGAAACAAUUGAUAUUUAGAAGCAUUCAGCGAAGUUCGCUUUCGCACAUUUUUUCUAUUUACACUCUCAGAGUAAAGUCCCACAUAUGUUAAAUCCUUUGAAAUUGCUCCAUCCCGCUUCUGUAAAUCUGUAUUUAGGUUUAUAAUGAAUUUUUUAUAAUUACAUUAUCUUUUGAAUAAGAUAUA